AUGAAGCGGCGCAAUGCGGACUGCAGCAAACUCCGACGGCCGUUAAAACGGAACCGAAUCACCGAGGGGAUUUACGGCAGUACCUUCCUGUACCUGAAGUUCCUGGUGGUCUGGGCACUGGUGCUGCUGGCAGAUUUUGUACUUGAGUUCAGGUUUGAGUACCUCUGGCCGUUCUGGCUCUUCAUCCGGAGCGUGUACGACUCCUUUAGAUACCAGGGGCUGGCCUUUUCAGUAUUCUUUGUGUGUGUGGCGUUUACCUCGGAUAUCAUUUGCCUCCUCUUCAUCCCGGUGCAAUGGCUGUUCUUUGCUGCCAGUACCUACGUGUGGGUGCAGUAUGUUUGGCACACAGAGAGGGGGGUCUGUCUACCCACCGUGUCUCUGUGGAUACUCUUUGUGUACAUAGAGGCAGCCAUCAGAUUCAAAGACCUGAAGAACUUCCACGUGGACCUGUGUCGCCCUUUUGCUGCACACUGCAUCGGCUACCCCGUGGUCACGCUGGGCUUCGGCUUCAAAAGCUACGUAAGCUAUAAAAUGCGCCUCCGGAAGCAGAAGGAGGUGCAGAAGGAGAAUGAGUUUUACAUGCAGCUUCUACAGCAGGCUCUGCCUCCAGAGCAGCAGAUGCUUCAGAGGCAAGAGCGGGAAGCAGAAGAAGCAGCGGCGGCAGCUAAAGGAAUAACUGAAGCGGACACGCCUCCAGUGUCACAGAAUGGCGCCCCAGCCAAUAAAAAGACAUUGGCACAACUGCCGGAGCUAGAAUAUAGAGAAAAAGGGAAAGAGGGCCGGGGCGGUGGGGAGGCUAAAAAACAACAUAACAGCAACAGCAUCCUGCCAUCAUCAGUGGACUCUAAACUCCAGGAGAUGGAGUAUAUGGAGAACCAUAUGAACAACAAGAGACUGAACGCAGAGCUGGGCAGCACAGAGAACCUGUUCCUCAAAGAGGACAACAAUUCCUCCUCUUCUUCUUCCUCGUCGUCAUCCUCCAAAAAUUGCAAAAAUGCUAGCAGCAACACUGCGGCACUGAACUCCUCGCCCCGCGGCCACAGCGCCACCAACGGCAGCGUGCCCUCCUCCGCGCCGUCGUCCUCGUCGUUCGCGGGGAAGAACGAGAAGAAGCACAAGUUACCGGUGAAAGGGACGUCGGGCGGCUCCCACAGAGACCCCACAGACAACUGCAUCCCCAACAACCAGCUCAGCAAGCCAGACGCUCUGGUUAGACUGGAGCAGGAUGUCAAGAAGUUGAAGGCCGACCUCCAGGCCAGCCGGCAGGUGGAGCAGGACCUGCGCAGCCAGAUCGGCUCCCUGGGCAGCGCGGAGCGCUCGAUACGCUCCGAGCUGGGUCAGCUGCGGCAGGAGAACGAGCUGCUGCAGAACAAGCUCCACAGUGCAGUUCAGGCCAAGCAAAAGGACAAACAGACAGUGAGCCAGCUGGAGAAGAGGCUCAAAGUGGAGCAGGAGGCCCGAGCUGCCGCCGAGAAGCAGCUCGCAGAGGAAAAGAAGAGAAAGAAGUUAGAAGAGGCCACAGCAGCCAGAGCAGUAGCACUAGCAGCAGCAACCAGAGGGGAGUGCACAGACACGCUGCGGAGGCGGAUCACUGAAUUAGAAACAGAGUGUAAGAAAUUAACAAUGGACAUCAAACUGAAGGAGGACCAGAUCCGAGAGCUCGAGUUAAAAGUGCAGGAGCUUCAUAAAUAUAAAGAAAAUGAAAAAGACACAGAGGUGCUGAUGUCAGCGCUGUCAGCCAUGCAGGACAAGACGCAGCACCUGGAGAACAGCCUGAGUGCAGAGACCAGGAUCAAACUGGACCUCUUCUCUGCGCUCGGAGACGCCAAGAGGCAGCUGGAGAUUGCACAAGGUCAGAUCCUGCAGAAGGACCAGGAGAUCAAAGACCUGAAGCAGAAGAUAGCCGAAGUGAUGGCCGUCAUGCCCAGUAUCUCCUACACAGCCGACACCAGCAGCAUGACCCCCGUGGCCCCCCACUACUCCUCAAAGUUCAUGGACACCAAUCCCUCCAGCCUGGACCCCAACGCCUCCGUUUACCAGCCUCUCAAAAAGUGAACGCUUCGUCCCCCCCCCCCGCCAUUCAUCCUUCUGUUAUUUUCACUCCUCCUGCAGGUCCGUGUCCUCGGGGCUGAGAGCCUGACGGGCUUUUUUUUUUUCUCCCCCCUUCCCGGUUUUCUCCUUGCCAGGUCAGAAGGAUGUUGUAUUGUGCGACUGUAUUUGUUGUAGUUAAAACAAAAGAAAACUUAAAAAAAAAAAACAACCCAAAACUUAAAAAUCCCGCGUCAGCUAGGAAGCCCCAGUUUUUCUUUCUCUUAAGUGUCUAGUGAAACCUCACAGAAUCGAGGACCGCUCUCGCUGCUCAUCUCCCGCGGAGUCUGAAUUUUUGGGUUUAUCGUUCCCUCCGCAAAUUGGAACACAGUCCUCGUCUAUUCCACAGCCUGACUUGUAAUCCCAAUUUAUUUUAACAGCUGUUCUCCCGAGAUAGCAUCAGAGGAAUGUGGUGCACUCGUGACACAACCCCAGCCUCUUAUUUAAGAAAUAAAAUCACAGUUGGGACACCAAAUCUGACCCUACUCUGAGCUGCUUUGGGGGUUCGCUGCUGGUUUUCUGUCAUCUUCAGCUGACAGCCCCCCCGCCACCACCCAAUUCCCAUGCCUGGUUGCAGAAAGAGAAGUCUGUAGAGCUUCCCACCGCUCUGCAUAAUCCUCCAUCCCGAGUCAUGAUCACAGUGCCUUGAGUUGAGGACAUGACUUUAAUGAGAUGAAGCCCAAACCUUCUGAAUAAGUUUGAAGCAUCUGGCUAAGCUGGAGGGAUCAGUUUAGUGGGACUAAAAACACUGAUUUGUUGGUCAUUGCACUCUGAAGAGCAGCCUUAUGAUAAAAUCACUCUAUGUUUGACAGCAACAUAUUCAAUACUUUUAAUUUAUUCUCGCAUCAGUUUGUUGACAUCCAAUCAGAAGAAGCCCCGCCUCUUUAGUUUUGUCAUUGUGGAGCGCACAUGCUGCUGUUUGAAAGGGAAAACUGUGCAAUGUAAAAA